AUGACAUCCGAAAAGGUAGCGUAUUUCGGAAUGACUGGAACCCAGCUCAACAUAUGGGUUACCGUUGCCUGCACAACAGCUAUGACACUCUUUGGAUAUGACCAGGGUGUUUUUGGCGGCAUAAUAGUCACCCAAGACUUCUUGGACACCAUGGGUAAUCCUAAUUCCAAUCUCCAAGGGACGAUUGUAUCUUUGUACGAUGUUGGGUGCUUUUUUGGUGCCAUUGCUGCCUUUGCCUUUGGCGAACAAUAUGGAAGAAAGAAAACCUUUUUUAUCGGAGUGAUCAUCAUGUCAAUCGGAGCCGUCCUACAAACUUGCGCAUUCUCAGUCGCACAAAUGAUUGUCGCUCGGUUGAUCACGGGUUUGGGGAAUGGCGUCAACACUGCGACCGCUCCAGUGUGGCAGAGCGAAACGUCGAAACCGGCGUGGCGGGGUAAACUGGUCGUGUUUGAAAUGAUCAUGAACAUUGCAGGGUUCUCUCUGAGUAACUGGAUGACGUACGGCUUUAGCUUCACGCAAGGGAGCAUCUCUUGGAGGUUCCCGAUCGCAUUCCAGCUGGUGUUCUCCGUUGUACUCUUUUCCACAAUUCCCUGGCUGCCAGAAAGCCCUAGGUGGUUAUUAGCGCACGGGUUCGAGGACGAGGGUGUCAAUGUCCUUGUUGCUUUAGAAGGGGACCUUGCUACUGCCCAAGAUGAAGCUAUCGUUAAACAGAAGGAUGAGAUUCUUGAUGCCAUUAGGAUCGAAAGAGAAACCGCACCCAGUUGGAAGGAUAUCCUCCAUGGGAACACGGGCAAUACGGGGAUGAUUCGAAGAUUGCUGCUUGGUAUUGGCACGCAAUUAAUGCAGCAGCUGGUUGGGAUAAAUGUCACGAGCUACUACCUCCCUCUUGUCCUCCAGAACUCGGUCGGCCUAUCCAACAACCUCUCGCGUCUAUUAUCUGCCGUUAAUUCCGUGUCUUAUCUCGCAUUUUCUUUUUGUGGACUGCUCCUUAUUGAGAAGGCAGGCCGACGGAAACUAAUGAUGUGGGGCGCUGCAGGACAGUUCGUCUGCUACGUUUUCAUCAGUAGUCUUCUAUCUCAGACCGACGAUUCGGAGAGUGGGUCAAAAUUCGGGGUUGGUGCCACGGUGUUUUUUUUCCUCUACUACGUAUUCUUUGGUGUAUGCUGGCAGGGAGUACCCUGGCUAUAUCCGACAGAAAUCAACAGCCUGUCAAUGCGAACUAAAGGUGCUGCUCUUGGAACUGCGGCGAACUGGCUAUCUAACUACGUUGUCGUCCAAAUAACACCCCGAGGCAUUGCAAGCCUCGGAUGGCACUUUUAUAUAAUCUGGGCAUUCUUCAACGCUUUGUUUGUUCCGCUGAUCUGGCUCUUCUACCCUGAAACGGCGAACCGUCACCUGGAGGACAUUGAUAGACUAUACCGCGAAGACAAAUCGAUGACAUUUGUGUUCAGGAACAAGGAGGCGAUACAGGUCGAGCGCCCGCAGCGCUUUAGCGAUGUCGACAACGAACAGACUCCUUCACCGCGCACAAUUUAG